AUGUGGGAGCACUUCCCGCCCCGGGCCUCCGCCGGGAGCCGCGGCCCCGCGCCGCACCACCACCACCACCGCCACCGCCACGACCAGCAGCAUGUCGCGCCGCCCGACUGCCAGCAGCAGCAGCAUGCCGCGCCGCACGGCGACCCCGACCCGCUCGCCUCCGUCUGGAUCCGCCGCCUCCACCUCGCCCCGAGCCCGCCGCCGCCGCGCGCCAGCCACCCGCCCCCGCCGUCCACGCCGCUGCACGGCCACGACGCCGUCUCCGCCCGCAGCGCCGGGUUCGGCCCCUUCCGCUGGAGCCCGCGCCCGCCGGUCGGCGCGUGGGACGCCACCCCCGCCCCAGCCCCAUGUGGCGGUGGGGGCGCCCCGCCCAUGAUGUCGCCGUUCUUCCGCUCCCCGCCUCAGCCGCUCCCGGCGCUCGCGGGUGCUGGGGAGUUCGCGCCCGUCAGGCCCACGAUCGGGUUCCCCGGGAUGCCGUCGCCGACGGUACUUGGUGUCAACCCUCACGCAUCCUGGCUACCGACGGCAGCUGCAGGUCCAGCCUAUCCUAACCAUGAUGUGGGCAUGAUUCCCGUAAGAACUUCUCAUGAUCUCCAUGUUAGACAACACAGCAUGAUCCCACAAAAUUUCGCAAGGCGCGCCCCUAGUUCCAGCAGCGAAAACGACGAGCCUUUCUCCUAUUGGAACAUGGGGAGGUUCCAGAGAAGCACCACGACUUCGUCGAUCUCUCAGGUUGCUGUUGAGCCUGGCAAUUUUAUGAAGAAGAGAAAUGCAGACUCCAACAGCUUGCUCCCUCUCAAGUUCAGAAAGCUGAGUGGGGCUGGAUAA